CUGCUUUCCCUCAUAUGCCGCGUAGCUAUCUUAGGGUUUUGGUUUUUGGGAAGCCGAAGUCUCUAACGCCUCUGUAUAUCUCUCUCUCUCUCUCUCUCUCUCUCUCUGAAUUCGAUCCCGACGGAAUGAGCAGGUCAGGUCAACCUCCAGAUCUCAAAAAGUACAUGGACAAGAAGCUCCAGAUUAAAGAUUUGAUCCAGGAUCCUCUUGGACAUGUGGCUCCUCUACAAUCCAAAUAGGCUUUGCGAAGUAUGGCUAUUGGGAAGAGCUUUAUUGUAAAACUGAAUGCAAAUCGGAUGGUUGUUGGAACACUUCGUGGAUUUGAUCAAUUCAUGAAUCUUGUGGUUGACAAUACUGUGGAAGUGAAUGGCAAUGAGAAGACCGACAUAGGCAUGGUGGUCAUCAGGGGAAAUAGUGUGGUCACUGUUGAAGCUCUUGAACCAGUGGCCAGAUCACAGUGAUUAUGGCUUUGUAGGGAUAUGAUCCGAUACAUAGCUGCUAGUAUGGAAGAACCAUGUUUUGUAGUUUUUAGUUUAGUGGUGGUCAAGACUCUUAACUGUGGGGUUCUUUUUCAUAUCUCUAGAUUCCCCUUCAGAAGCUGACUUUAUUAAGUAUAAUAUGAAUUUUUAUUGAA